AUGGAACAUUUCAAAAAGUAUUCCCGAGCAUCCAAAGAAAAUCCUGUUUUACUUAUAUUCGACAAUCAUGAAAGCCAUAUAAGCAUAGAUGUAGUCAACUUUGCCAAAGAGAAUGGUAUAACAAUAGUAACGAUCCCUCCGCAUUGCAGCGGUAAGCUGCAACCGUUAGAUGUUGCUGUUUAUUCUUCAUUUAAGUCACGUUAUAACAGAGUUUUGAAUAACUGGAUGCUAUCAAAUCCAGGGAAAACGGUGACGAUAUAUAAUAUACCGGAGCUUAUAAAGACAUUGAUGUCAGACGCCUUUAGUCAGGCGAACAUCCUUAGUGGGUUUAGAAAGAGCGGCAUUCAUCCUUUUAAUCCUGAUAUUUUCACUGAGGAAGAAUUCAUGUGCUCUGCAGUCACUGACAGAAGUUUCUUGGGCGAUGACGAUAUGCUUUCUGCUCAUUCGACUCUUCAAGACCAUUCGGCUCGACUGACUUUUUCUAAUAGUAUAGAAAACCCGUCAUCUUCCUUUGACAAUCCCUCUAUGCGUUGUGAUCAAAAUGGUGCUCACUUAGAUAAGGUUCCACUUGUAGCUCCGGCAGCAAUAAGGCCUUACCCAAAAGCUUCGCCCAGGAAGAAAACACGGCAUGGUCGUCAGCCAGGAAAAACAAAAAUCUUAACCGAAACUCCUGAAAAAGAAGAUAAUCCUGUAGUUGAUCCGGCAACUGUUGGGAUACUCACCGAAAGGAACAUUGAGGAGAACCGAACGAUGGCUGCGAAAAACUCGAGGGUAGGAGGAAUUAAAAAGAACAUCUUUCAAGAUGAUGAAACAGAAACGCAACGGGAAGAUAGUUCAACCAUAGUCGAGCAUAAAUCCAGAAAGAGAAAUUUCAGGAGUUCGACUGGAAAUGGAAGCACAAGAAGAAAGACCAAGUUGAAAAAACGCGUUAAAUCCAGUGAAACAGAAUCAGAGGACGAGUGCGUUAUCCAAUAUGCUGAUAGCUCGAGUGGUGACGAGGCUCAAGAUCCAAGUGACCCUUGGUAUUGUUUUGUUUGCCAAAACGAAGAGGUUUUGGAUAUGCGCCUUUGCAUUUCCUGUAAAAGGUAUGCACAUGAAAUAUGUGUUGGACUGACGAAUAAAGACAAUGAAAACUUCAUAUGCCAUGAGUGCGACUGA